UGGGGCUAGGAAGCCGGAGCCCGCGACUCCGAGGCGGAGCGGCCACCAUGGCCAAGUACCUGGCCCAGAUCAUUGUGAUGGGGGUGCAGGUGGCGGGCAGGGCCUUCGCACGGGCGCUGCGGCAGGAGUUUGCAGCCAGCCGGGCGGCAGCAGAUGCGCGAGGACGUGCUGGACACCAGUCUGCAGCUGCCUCUAACCUGUCUGGCCUCAGCCUCCAGGAGGCCCAGCAGAUUCUCAAUGUCUCCAAGCUGAACCCUGAGGAGAUCCAGAAGCUUCCCCUGCCUCUGUAACCCAGAGACCGCACACCCUCUCACCGUCUCCCCUCCUCUGCAGAACUACGAACACCUAUUCAAGGUGAACGAUAAGUCCGUGGGUGGCUCCUUCUACCUGCAGUCCAAG